CUUCAGUUCUCCUUUCCCGCCAAAAUGGAGUUGUACAUUCUGCCGCAGCGUGUCCGCGUCGCGAGCAUACCGCGCGGCUCCAUCCGCGACUUUGCCCAUCCGCUCCUCCGCAUUGCAUUCUACCCAACGAAUGACGACUUUUUCUGCAUCACUGCGACCAAGGACGAGUACACGCUCAUCAUCGACGAUGCGCAAUACAAGACUCUCCCGCAAACCGACACUCUCUCCGUCUCAAAGGACACCUGGCGGCUCUUGCAGUUGUGCGAAGGCGACAUUGGUCCCGCUGACUGGAUUAACAAGACUGGUAUCGUCAAAUCCGUCACAAAGCCGCUGGCAGAGGCAAACAUUACCAUCUUCUACCUGUCGACCUACCAAAACGACUUUAUCAUGGUGCCGGAGCGCUUGCUGGAGGCCGCUGUCAUUGUCUUGUCGAAAAACUACAAGGUGUUUGACGAUUCGCACACUGGUGACGAUUACGACGAGUUUGGCAACAGUCUCGUCAAGAAGAGCGACACGACAACGGUGGCUUCCGCCGUUCAGAGCGAAGAAGCCGUUCUUCCCGCGGCUGCAGCACCCGAGGCCAAAAAGAUCCAUCCAGUGAUUGUGCACGACAAGCAUGUUUACUUGGCAUGCGUUCCACGCGAUCAACUGUCCAGCGUGGCUCUUACUCUGAUUGAGCUCAUGCUGUACAGCGAAGAGAAGGACUCGGCGGAGAACGAUGAUCCAAUGCGGCACUUUUUCUCGUUCGCCCUGGUCGAUAACACCAUCUCGCUUGUGUUGGACGAAGAAUCGCUCGCGCGGCUACCCUCGACCUGCAACAAGAGUGCCGUUCCUUACCGUGUUAUUCAAUGUUACGAUGGCCCGCUUGGCUUUGAGGAGAGUGGUAUCGUUGCCCAGUUUGCCGAGCCGCUGGCAGAUAACGGAGUUCAUAUUUACUACAUGAGCACCUUCUUGACCGAUUACACGCUGGUCGUGGAAGACGAAAUUGAACUGGCCGAGACAACGCUGCGAAAGACAGGGCACCUCAAGGACUGAAAUUUUGUGUCCCACAAAAGUCUCUCGUUAUGACCUGUUGCGCUGCAUGUUUGAAUGAUCUAUGUUCCAAGUUCCGCGUCGUAGAAUGAAUCUCAUUG